AUGUUGCACUAUCAUACUGAUGUUCCUGUUGCCUGUAAAGACACAAUGCCCACUGAGCAACAACAACGACAAACCAAACAUCAACAUCGAGAGCAUAGUCUUUCACCUGAUAGUUUAGACCGACGAUUCUCGAAACAACAACAACAGCUUAUAUCCGAUGAUGUAGUUGAUGAAGAUGAAUCAUUUCUCUCAUCAUCUCCAUCCUUAGCAUCAGACUCCAUAAGUAUCGAUCAGCCACAAGUACAUCAACGACAAUUUAACACAACGAAAAGUAUUCGCAAAACAUUAACAUAUCACGGUCUUCUCAAUAGUCAAUCAUUCUUCUCGAAUACUAUUCACAAUGACAACGAUAACGACGAUCUUGACGAUGAUCUCGAUGAAAUUCAUCUCGAUCAGGAUGAUGUAAAUUUAUUAUUUUCGGAUCCAGAUGAUGGUCUCUUGUGUCGAUUAUCAAGUGACAUAAUCGAUGUCGACGAUGAUUAUGAUGAUGACAAUGACGACUUUUGUCGACAUAUCAGACCAAUAUCUAUGGCCAUGCCGUCCGAUUUUCUCCUUUCUUCUUCAUUACCAUUUCAAGAACAGCAACAAUAUUUUCCUUAUCAUUUACUUGACCCGAUAUCUGAAGCUGCUAGUGAAGAUGAACGUCGAGCAGCUAUAUCUAAUGUUCGUCAACCACAAAAACAUAAACAUAGUACUUCAUCGUCAUUAUCUAUGAGUGCUAAUGGUAACUAUGAUGAUGAUACGACGACCAAUGAUGAUCUUUCAACAUUAAGUGAUAUUGAUGAACAAGGAACAUCGAGUUUACAAUCGAUCGCACUAUCUAAUGAUCAACAUAUUCACAAAAAACGACGUCAUACAGAAAAUUGUUCGAUACAUUGGUCGAAUAGAGAAGCUCGUAAGUGA